AUGACUGCCAAGUGUACAAAAGCAUUUAAAUUAUUAAACGGUAAAGAAAUUCCAGCUAUUGGUUUAGGUACCUGGAAAGCAACCGAUGAAGAAGUUUAUAAUUCAGUUUUAUUUGCUUUAAAGACUGGUUAUAGACAUAUCGAUACCGCUGCUGGUUACGGUAACGAGGUUCCAAUUGGUAAAGCUAUUAAAGAUUCAGGAAUCGCCAGAUCAGAAAUCUUCGUCACUACUAAAUUAUGGUCAAUUGAUCAUCAUGAUCCUGAAGCUGCUUUGAAAGCAUCUUUGGAAAGAUUAGGAUUAGACUAUGUUGAUUUAUAUUUAAUGCAUUGGCCCUUAGCCUUGAAUCCAAAGGGUAAUCAUCCAGCCAUUCCAACUAAACCUGAUGGAACGAGAGAUAUCUUGUUAGAUUGGCCAUUCACUAAAACCUGGAAAUUAAUGGAACCUUUGAUUGAAAAGGGUUUCACCAAAGCUUUAGGUGUGAGUAACUGUACCAUUGAAAAACUAACCACUUUAUUCAACGAAAACUUGAAAGUCAAACCAGUAGUAAAUCAAGUUGAAUUACAUCCAUAUUUACCUCAACAUAAAUUACUUGAUUUUGCUAAGAAACAUGGUAUAAUCUUAGAAGCUUAUUCUCCAUUAGGAUCAUCAGAUGCCCCAUUAUUGAAAGAUGAAACUAUUGCUAAAAUUGCUGAAACUUAUGGAGUUUCAUCUGCUACUAUCAUCAUUUCAUGGGCUGUAUGGAGAGGUACUGUGGUAUUACCUAAAUCAGUCAAAGAAAGUAGAAUUGAAAGUAACUUUGAAAUCGUUACUUUGAAAGAUGAAGAUGGUGAAAAAUUGAAUAAUUUAGUCAACGAAAGAGGUGGACCUCAAAGAUUUGUUUCACCUCCAUGGAAUCCAUUCGUUGUAUUUGACUCAUCUCUUUAG